CUAGCCUUUUUGGAGAAGACAAAUUAUUGAUGAAGAGAAGAAAAUGUUCACACGACUUCCUAAUUGGAGUAAGCACGCGGUGAUACCCAGGACAUUGUAAUCAAUAUACCCCAACAUUAAGAAAUGAUGUAACAUUGUGCUGAAGGUGUCAACAUGAGCGACAAAGCAGAAAGCCCUGACAGUGCUGACAGGGAUGACAGUGCUGACCAGGAGCAGAAAGAUGCUGCUCCAGAAUAUGUGCCACCAAUAUCGGCUCAGCCGCCAAAAGUUGUGAAACAGGAGGACAACCAUGUUGAAGUGUCUGCUAGCCCAGCCUUUCAGUGCUUGGAUGAGUUGUUUACGGCAGGAAAACUCAGUGGUACCAAGGUAUCACUGCUGAAAGCGAAGUAUACUGAACUUCAUGAGACCCUUAAAAGUUCUCGUGAAAAUGAAGCCAUGCUCAUCUCUAAUGCAAAGAAUUUCACAAACAUUCUUGAAAAACAGAGAUCUGAACUGGAGAAGGGAGAUAACUUUCCCGAAAGCUAUAACACAGAGGUGUCGAAACUGAGAGAGCAGUUUCUUAAACACACCAACGAACUGGCUGAAGCUGAGGAGAGGCAGUAUCAGCUAGCUUAUAAAAUAGAAUGUUUAACAGAAGAAAAGAAAUUAGUGGAAAAGGAGUAUGCCAGAAUGCCAAACCAAAGUAAAAUAGAAAAGGAAGUCAGAGAACUGCAUGCUUCAUGUGAAGAGAUGAAAAAGGAAAUUGCACAAAGACAAAACGAAGCCAAAAAUCUGCGUGAAGACUUGGAUGGCAGCUUGAGACAAGUCACCAUUGAAAACAAAGAAUAUGAAGCACUUACAUCCAGCAUAGAACAGCUUAAGAAUGAACUGAGUCAGCUUAACAUCAUUCCUGGACAAAUAGCCAAAGAAGCUGACAAAAUUGCGAGAAAAAGAAAUGAUCUGGAAAAUCAACUGAAACAGCUGAAUAAUAACCUUGAAGGACUCCAAGAUGAGGCUAAACAUCAUGAAGAAAAAUUUAGUCACUUGGAUGAAGAGAAAUUCAUGAUGGAUUCUGAACUUGAUAGACAACGUUCUAAACUAAAUGAUAGUGAAAGAGAAUUUAGUGUGUUAUUAAAGAAGUACGAAAUGGAAAAAGACAGGGAAGCUUCUUUAAUGGCCGAUAGAGCUGGAGUUGAUUUAAAUUUACGUCACAUCAACUUGGAAAAGAAAAAUCAACACGAUAUUCUAUCAAGAAAAAAUCGAGAGAAAGAUCGGGAUAUGCGCAACUUGAAGAAAGCAGAACUGCUACUGAAAGUUGCAGAAGAAACACUAAACCACACGAAAAGUGUGUAUGACAAAAUUCAGUCUCAGGUUGAUAGCAUGCCUAGGGAUGAUGGUACAUUGGCAAAGAAGAAAGCAGACCUCCAGAGAGAAGUUGAACAGGCUAAACGAGCACUCAAACAACAGCAUUCUCUGACGUCGGUGGAACAUGUGAAGCUGGAAGCUAGUGCUGCCGAUGAGCAGAAUCUACUUUAUCAGCAAAGUGAUCUGCGUAUUGAAGUGGUCGAACUGACCAGACUCGCAGCCAUCAAGGCUGAUGAAAGGGAACAGAAGGCCCGUGAUUUCAUGAGAGCAGAAAUGCGCUUCCAUCGAGCUGUGGAAGACCUGAAAACAAAACAGCUACAAAUAACAGAUCAUCAGAAGAAAUAUCACGAGAUGCAAAUAAAAUUGAAGGAGUUUGCCAAGCUGUAUGAUGUGAUCAAGAAUGAAAGGAACAAGUGUGUGAAUCUCAUUCAGACAAGCACCCAGAAGGCGGCAGAGAUGAAAGAGAAAAUUAAAAUACUCCAGAAUGAAAUUGAAAUCCUCAGAACGGCUGUCAUGCAGAAGGACAAACAACUUCAGAAGCACCGACUGAGACAUCGGACGAGCAUUGAGCUCCGAGACAGUCUCCGGAAGGAGGUCGGCAAGCAGCAGACUAUUGAGGAGAGUAUGCGAGAGAAGCGGGAUCAGCAGAAGAUGGACAUAGCCAAGCUGAACAUGAUGAUCAACCAGGCGGAGGAGCAGAUGGUCAAGCUGAGGAAGCGGUACGAAGAGGCCGUCAAGCACAGAAACAACAGGGGCAUUAAGUUGAUUGAGAGGAAUGAAGAAGUGUGUAUUUUCUAUGAAAAAGUUAACAUACAAGAUCAGAUGAUACGGAAUGGUGAGGUGGAGCUGAAGGCGAGGGAGGAAGAAAUCCGCUUUAUUAAACUGCAACUGACCGAAGAGAACCGGAAUAUGGAACUUAACAGGAAAGCUUUGCCCAACAAAAAAGCUCUAGAGAACGAACUGGUCACAAUGCAGAUACAGCUUCAACAGUGUCAGGACCGCAUGCUGGAGCUGGAGAAGGAUCUUGAGAAUCCAUACGACGAGACGCGAGUCCGAUACCUCGAGGGCAAAGAUCCCACACCAGCGGAAAUACUCACUAAAGUCGAGGAGCUUGAAAUGCGUCUUGCGGAAAAAGAGGAACAUCUGUUGGAAAAAGAUUUGAUCUUUGAGCAAGUGCAGCGUCUGGCUGACCGCAUUCGCCACAAGGCGGAGGUUGGAAAAGAAGACACACUGGAACUAGCAAAGAAAGUGAAUGAAGUGCAGUCGAGAAUCAAGGAAACAACACGGAAGAUGAUGGCAAUCGUGUCUGAAUUGUCCAUGAACCAAGCGAAUGCGAUGAAACUGCAGCAGGAGCUGAAGAGCCAGGAGUCGAUGCUGGAGCAGUGCUACAUCAGGAUGGAGAAGGGAGAGCCACCCAGUGAGGAGAUCUUCAGGGACUGGCUGCGAUACUGCAGAGACGAGGAGCGCAAGUCAUUUGAGCAGGAUGAGCAGAGAGCUGUGGAGGAGGAUGAGGAACACUACAAACUGCCAGGUGGAUUCGUCACGACGGCCGAGCCGCGACCCAAUGCUUACAUCCCCGACGACGACACCGAACUGCCCAUCCCGAGACCGUACGGCUCCCACGCGCCUUACAAACCCAGCGAGCCGGGCUCUACCAUGCGGCACAUCCGCAAACCUAUUCCCAAACCCAUUGAAAUAUAAAUACUGUUAUGUGAUGUUAAUAAAAUAAUAAACAAAAACUGUGUAAGUUACAAACUCAGUGAGCACAGCUCAACCAUGCGACAUAUUCACAAACUUAUUCCCAAAUCCAUUUAAAUAUAAUUAUAGGAUAUUAAACAAGCUUCCAUUUCGUAUCGUGUUUUUGUCCCGAGUGAAAUAAUUUUCAUUUGUCGCGAGCUUUAGUGAGUAACAAUGAACGUUAUUUAAUGAGAACAUAAACAUGAUACGAAAUUAUAGCGAAUUUAAUAUCAUAUUUAUUACACAUAAUCGAUCUUAAUUUAUAUCAGUCAACUCGUUUGGUUGAUGUUCCUGUAAGGUUGUAGUGCUCCAAUCGAUGACAUCAUCGUGUCACGUUGAAGUGUUCUGUCCCACUUUGUGUUCUAGUGGGACGUAUCACUUUGAUAUGUACCAAGAUAUUUUUAAUCAUAUGGGUAAUAAAUAAUGUUAUGUGAUGCUAAUAAAAAAUGUAAAUGUAACUGAACAUUGAAUUUACGAAAUCCAAAACAAAGUUCCUAAUGGGCCCACCAAGAGAAGCUGUGGCAGGCCAUUCUUUACUUUGUGGUUUUUCCCAUUAACCCAAAGAAGAAGUAAGUUUUUGUGACUAAAAAGAGAAAAUUAUAUUGAAGAUGAUUUAUAUAAGUUGACUAAUGGAAACCGUUUUUAGUGUACCCUAUGAUACAGUUUUGUGUUGUUGACUGAUAUGGAAGCCAAAUCUAAAAUUAAAAACCAAAAAUCAUCUUUAUAUCUCAAGUAUACACAAAAAAAGAGUAUUUUGUCCCCAUAAACCCCCCCCAAAAACAAGUAAAUUUGAUAAAUUAUGUGUAUGGACAUUUUUCAGAGAGAAAAGCUAACAAUAAGUAUGACUACAGCCGAUGCUGACUAUUUUAGAUUGAGAAAGAUUAUUACACAUUUCAAUCAUCUGAGCUCAGGUUUAUAAAACGUUAAGAGUCGUUGAUUCAAGUCUAGUGUGCAUAGUUAAAAUGUGAAGACUUUGCUGCAGUCCUGAGCUGGACCUUUGAAACGUUCAUGAGCACAGGCCCUUAGACAGUUUUAAAAUGUGACAUUUUUAUUGUGAUAGUUGAAAGUGGGAUAAAUACCAAUGUGUUAUUUACAUUGCAUUGUAAUCUUCAAGUUAAGUUAAAACAUGUAUACGUCAUUACGGUUACACUGAAGAUUUCAUUUUUAAAUUGAAGAUGUAUCAUUAAAAAGGGCACUUUAAAUGGGCAGUGGAGGUCACAGAUCCCCUGUGAAUCCGUUCUAGAUCUGCCAAUGAAAGUAACUAAUUGCUAAAAAAAUUAUAUCAAAAAUAGAUCGUAUAUUGUUUUCAGCAGUAAUUCAGCAGAUUUUAAACAACUGGAGAUAAACACUUAAGAUUAAAUUAUAUAUACAGUGAAACUCCUUUAAACCGGACAUCCUCUGGACCAAGUUAAAGUCAGGUUUGAAGAGGUAUCCAGUUUAGAGAGGUUCUCUUCUGUACAGAUAUUUAAUAAGGGGUCGCAGAAAAUGUCCGGUAGUGAGGGAAUUCCGAUUUACAGAGGGUCCGGUUUUGAGAGGUUUCACUGUAUGUAUGAGUGUAUAUAUAUAUAUUCUUAUGCCUACUAAAAAUUAAGAUUUCUGGACAUCUAUGGAAUACUCUCCGAAUUAAGAUGGAAAGGAAAAGCUGCUUGUGAUAUUCUUUAGCAAAAAGCAUAUUGUGAUUUUGGGAGACAUAAGCUGCCAGCUUAUGUCAUUUCGAGUCUCGAAGAUGUGUACCCAGGACAAUGUGCUAGAACCUUACUUGCAUAUUAGCACAAAAAUAUAUUGAAACAAACAACACUGUAAAUGUUUAUAAUCCUGGGAUUUUCCGUCAACAGAUUGAAUAAUUUGAUGCCUUUAUAUACAACAUAUGUGUGUGCUUUAAAAAUGGCUUAUAUCUUCGUCAGUAAAACAAAUGAUUGUAUAUUUGCUUUGUAUAUAUAUUUAUAUAUAGUAUACCAUGCUUUUGUACUUCUAGGUUCAUAAGGUUAAUGUGUUAUUUACAUUGAAUAUUGAUCUACAAUAUGUAUUUAAUGUUGAAUACCAGUAUAGAAUGUAUGUUAAUAUGUUAGUAAAUCAAGUUACUGAAGGUCAAUCCUACGAAUGAAGAUUUAUUAUUUACACUGAAGAUUUAUAAUAAAACUUAUUGCACACUGUGUUUAACCCCCCCCUUCCAAAACUAAUACACCAUAUUGUAUAACCAAACCAAGUGAACCAAAAUUCCCUUGAGACAAAUACAUUUUAUUUUUUAAAUAGUGCCAUCAUCUUAUUUUGAUAGGCCUUGUUGUUGUAUAUAAAUAUUCCUGUAUAUUAUAAUGACUUUUAAAAAUCAACUUUGUUUUAUUUCUUGUAUUGCAUAUUAAAAAUUCAAGGUCUCCAUGUAUUUGAUAUGAAGCAUGGUCAUAUAUCCUUAAUAUUAAUGCCAUGGCCCCAUUCUACGAAGCAAUCUUAGCGCUACGAUCACCUUAAGUUCAUAACUAUCUAAUACACUUCAGAUGAUCGUAGCGCUAAGAUCGAUUACUAAAAC